AUGGGUAAACGCAAAGUCGGCGCGCUUGAUAAAGUGGAUGCGGAUCUCCCGAACUUGCAGUACAAGAUCCGCCGCGACCCACAGUCUUACAAGGACGACUUCCAGAACCAGUACAACCAAUAUGAGACCUUCCGAGAGCUCUUCAUGCAGGCGCCUGCGUCAGCGGACGACAAUGGCAUUGUCUCCCUCCGGGACCUCAUAGAUUUUGUCUCGCACGUCGCGGAUUGCUACCCUGCAGUCACGGCGAACUUCCCGAACGAUCUGGUUCAAAUACUGUCGCUGCACCAUGCUGAGCUAGAAGUUGAGUUGAGGGAUAAGAUUGUGGGAAGUUUGGUGCUUUUGAAGAACAAGGAUGUCAUAGACUCUUCUACUCUCUUGAACACCCUCUUUCCAAUCCUCGUAUCAACUCCAAGCAAAAGUCUUCGCGCUCUUCUAUUCCAGAAAAUUUUGUCCGACCUCCGCUCGUCCAACGCCAAAACCACAAACCACCGCCUCAACCGCACGAUCCAAACUGUUCUCUACAACCUCCUCACAUCCGACCGCGCAUCACCGAAAGGGAUAUGGGCUGUCAAGAUAACCCGGGAGCUAUGGAAACGGCAAAUAUGGACAGACUCCAAAGCGGUAGAAAUCAUGAAGGAAGCAAGCUUGGCAGAGAACGACAAGGUAAUUACUAGCGGCGUGAGGUUUUUCCUAGGCGGCGACAAAGAGCGAGAAGAGGCUGCGGACGAGAGCAGUGACGAAGAAAACAUCGAUAUGGGUCAGUUGCGACAUCAGGUCGGCAUAAACAAAAAGACGAAGAAAAAGCAGAAAGAAUUGAAGCAAGCCGCUGCGACGGUCAAAAAGAAGGAGCGCAAAAAGAGCCAACCACAUCCUCUCAACUUUUCUGCUUUCCAUCUCCUCCACGAUCCGCAGGGCUUUGCUGAGCAGCUCUUCUCAAGACAUCUUCAGAACACGAAGUCGAAACUUAAUCUGGACCAGAAACUCGAAGUGCUUCAGCUGGUAUCGCGACUCGUUGGUCUCCAUAAGCUUACAGUUAUCUCGCUCUACUCGUUUUUCAUCAAAUACCUUACCCCUCGACAACCGAAAGUCACCUCAUUCCUAGCCUCUCUAGCCCAAGCGACCCAUUCUCUAGUUCCCCCGGAUGCACUGGAGCCACUAGUUCAGAAGAUCGCAAACGAGUUUGUUUCGGAAGCCUCGGCAUCCGAGGUUGCUGCAGCUGGGUUGAACGCUAUUCGUGAGAUCUGCGCGCGGCAACCGCUAGCUAUGAACGAUACCUUAUUGCAAGAUUUGGUCAUGUACAGGAAGAGCAAGGACAAGGGAACCAUGAUGGCUGCGAAGGGGUUACUGAGUUUGUAUCGGGAAGUCGGUGCUGAACUGCUGAAGAAGCGAGACCGAGGCAAGGACGCCACUAUUGGGUUGAAGGUAGGCGAAAUCAAGGAAAGGAGAUAUGGCGAAGAGGCAGCAGGCGAGAUCGAAGGCCUUGAGCUGCUGGAACAAUGGAAGGCAGACGAACGACGCAAGAAGCGCGAAGAGAUGGGCCUUCCUCCUGACGCCCCCUCUGACGAGGACUCCGAAGACGAAGCCGAGAACUGGAAAAACUGGGAAGUCGAAGAAGACGAAAGCGAUGACGAAGAAGGCUGGAUCAACGUCGAGAGCGACGGCGAAGACAUCAACAUCAGCGACAGCGACGACGACAAGCCCCCCGCCGCAAAGAAAGCCAAAACCGACGCCGGUUCUGCGACUCUAGACACAACCCACGACAAAGAAAACCCAGAUGCUGCAGAGGCCAGGCGCAUCUCCAAACUCGCCACCACGCGGAUCCUCACCCCCGCCGACCUCGCCAAGCUCCAAGAGCUCCGCCUCGCCUCCUCCAUCACAAAGUCCAUGCCCUCCGCGAAACGUCGGCAGGCCCUCGAAGCCCGCCACGCCGACGACCCCCUCACGGCGGCCGAGAUCGAGGCGCCGGGCUUGCUGGGGAAGAAGACGACGAAGCAGGAGAAGAUUGAGAUGGCCAAGGGGGAUCGCGACCAGACGCACCAGAGCACGACGGCGAUACGGAAGGAGAAGAAGCGCGCGGAGGGCAAGAGCACGACGAACAAGGAGAAGGCGAGGCAGAAGAACUUCUUCAUGACGCUCGGUAAGGCAAAGAGCAAGAACAAGCGGAGUUUAGUGCAGACGCAGAAGACGCUGCGGGGGCAUAUCGAUAGGAAGAAGAGGGGUGGGAAGAGGGGCAACCAGGGGCAGUAA